GAGGGCGAACGCGGUCUCGUACCUCCGACGAGUUCCUACCACCUCUGAGUCUUUCGGUUUGGGAGAUGGAGAUGUAGAGAGAGAGAGAGAGAGAGAGAAAGAGGUGGAGGGGGAGGAGGGAAAAAGAGAGAGAGAGAAAACGAACCGUCCCUAUAACUUAACUGUUCAGUACCUCAGCCUUGCCAGUAUCUUUACCCACACAUAAUCGUCUUGAACCUUUUUCUAACACCUCCGCGACGUCGCUUCUCCAACUGACAUCAGUUGAAUACUGACUGCAUUGAUCGUGAUACGGUGUAGGGGUUUUUGUUUCGGAUGCCGGAAGCUCGGCGGAUGAAAAUAACGAUAACGUAAUCGUCGAAACUGGUGCGUGUGAAAAGCUGUGUGCGGUUUCAACUGCUCCUCCGAAAGCUCGAGGAAGCUCCUGCAGGAUUGAAACUCGGGGUUUCAUAAGGGGGUCUCGACGCGGAAAAUGCUUCUCGACAUCGCCCUCUCGGCACUCGCCCUGGUCGUUGCAUGUUGGAUACUCUUCGAGCCGAUAUUAAGGGCUGGCAGAACAUUUUGGGGUGCGGCGAGGCUGAUUUUUGAUUCGAACACCGUCGACUUGAAGGCGAGGUAUGGAGAAUGGGCAGUUGUGACGGGUUCGACUGACGGAAUCGGCAAGGCCUACGCCAAGGAGCUGGCUGUCAGGGGAAUGAGCCUGGUUCUGAUAAGCAGAAAUUUCGACAGGCUUGAGAACACAAGGAAGGAAAUACUCGCGACAAAUCCGAACGUCGAAGUCAAAGUCAUAGUAGCAGAUUUCAGCAAGGGAAAGGAUAUCUACGAAAAAAUAUCGAUUCAACUUCAAGAUUUGCCCGUAGCUAUUCUAGUCAACAAUGUCGGCAAGCAGUACGAGUACCCGAUGUACCUGGGCGAGGUACCGGAAACGGAAUUAUGGGACAUAAUAAACGUGAACGUGGGGGCGACGACGCUGAUGACCAGGAUGCUGAUCGGAGCGAUGGAGAAGCGUGGCCGAGGAGCGAUCGUCAACGUUUCGUCGGGUUCGGAACUGCAGCCGUUGCCUUUGAUGACGGUUUACGCGGCGACUAAAAUCUACGUUAAAAGUUUCUCGGAGGCGUUAAGAGCCGAGUAUUCGAGGUCCGGGAUAACGGUCCAGCAUCUCGUGCCCUUCUUCAUAAACACGAAGAUGAACGCGUUCAGCGCCAAGCUGCAGGUGUCGAGUGUGAUGGUACCGGACGCUACGACCUACGCUAGAAACGCCGUCGCGACGCUUGGAAAACUCGACUCUAGCACCGGAUAUUGGGCCCACGGAAUUCAGCAAUUUUUCACAGUCAUUCCACCGGUCUGGGUCAGAACGAAGAUCGGCCAGUUGAUAAAUCAGACGUUCAGGGAAGAUUAUUUCAAAGGGAAAACCGUGUCCUGAAUACACUCUAGUCGAAUCAAAGAAAUCACGACGUAUAUACGCAGUGCCUUAUAAAUAUAUAAAUAUCCUUAAGUCUUUCACUAUAUGCAUUUGUAAAUACCGAGUUUAAUUCCGACACUUUGUCAUCGCGUCGUUUAUAACGUGAUUAUGACAGCUAUUUCAAUAAUUAAUUUUUAUAUCAAUAAAUCGACGUUAGUUGUUUUACACGAGAAUAAACAAUUUUGACCUUUUUUAAUUGAUUCCGAGAUAUGUUUUUUCGUAUACAUUGUUUUUGCCUUAUGAUUUGCGAUGAGAAAUUUAGACGAGACAUGAAAAGAAAUGACAAUAUUUAUAAUUACCAACGUUUUUUUCAACCUCGUCAUUUUGACAUGUUAUCGUUAUAUUUGACUAUAUAUAUAUAUAUAUUUUCUUUCACCACCUAGUUUUUUUCUUUCCUCUAUUUCUCCAAUUCUCUGUAUAUAUCAAUAUAUAUAUAUAUAUACAUACAACAUGCGUAGAUGUGUAAUUAUUUCAUCACUGUGAAGAAUUGACAGAUGAAAAUGAGGAUAAGAAAUAACGGAUAGAAAGAAAACUGCCAAUUUCCGUAAAGAAUACAUAUUUAUAAUUAAUUUUUCAUCAUUCAGGCUUCAAAUAUUACAUACAAGCUGAUACACGUAAACACACAACACACGUAAAAUAAGACAAGAACUCUCAUCGUACGUGUAUAGCUGCUCUGAAUCUAUCGCGUAAGAAUAGUUUGAAAAGUGCGUUGAAGUAGUUUCAGUAAUAAGAUAAGUCAUGACAAUGAAUUACUUCAACCAUUAUGAUUUGUCUGUAAUAUUAUUUCUAUUAUUAUCGAUGGUAUUUGAAGAAAAUGGAUGUUUUCGUACGUUUUCACGAAAUGAAAUUUACUUUAACACGUUUAUCGAUUGACUGAAUAGUUUAGAAUAUACGGAAAUUGCUUCAUUCGCAUCGGAAAUAAAUAAAAAAUGAAGCAUUAAACUCGAAUUGCACUCUAUUUUCAAACUAUACACCUCAAUUUUUAACUACAUAUCGGCUAGUUUUGUACAAUACAUAAUAUAAUAUCGACUAUACGCUUCGUUUCGCACACGGUGAUAUAUUUCACGCUUCAUCUCCUGUAUGGAUAAAUUUUCUCGGUGGUCGAACUAUUCGAUGAAUUGCGAUAAGGUAUGAAACAUUGAAUGAUUACGAA